AUGCAGGGUGCUUCUACCAUCUCCACUCUCCUUCUGCUUAUUUUUCCCUCCUUCCUAUUCUUCUCCCACUUUCCCAAUAUGGUCAGUGGGGACUGCUGGCUCAUUGAGGGAGACAAAGGCUAUGUGUGGCUGGCUAUCUGCAGUCAGAACCAGCCGCCGUACGAGACUAUCCCCCAGCACAUUAACAACACGGUGCAUGACUUGAGAUUGAAUGAGAACAAGCUGAAAGCUGUGCUCUUUGGGUCUAUGUACCGCUUCACCAACCUGACUGACCUCAACCUCACCAAGAAUGAAAUCAGCUAUAUUGAGGAUGGAGCCUUUGCUGGACAAGCCAACCUACAGGUUCUUCAGCUGGGCUACAACAAGUUGACGAACUUAACUGAGGGUAUGAUGAGAGGGCUCGGCCGCCUGCAAUGCCUCUUCCUGCAGCACAACCUCAUUGAGGUUAUUGCUAGCAAUGCAUUUUGGGAGUGCCCCAGUCUCAACAGCAUUGACCUGUCAUCCAACAAACUUGCUCGCAUUGACCCAUCCACAUUCACAAUUCUCAAUCGGCUGAUGGUGUGUGAACUGGCAGCAAAUCCAUUCCAUUGCGGCUGUGACCUUUAUAGCUUCCUAACCUGGUUGGAGUCCUUCAACAAUGUCACACACACCUAUGACCGCCUCCAGUGUGAGACGCCCCGUGAAAUGUUUGGCUUCCCCUUACUUACUGCUGCUGGCCAUGCUGGUCGGAAUGCAAAAAACAUUUUGUAUCAUCACUGCCGAAAUGGAGUGAUGAUUCCAGGAAUGACCUCUCUCCCACCAGAUCUGGAUGGUCCAUCUGGGCUCGGACCAGAGAUGUUUGGUGGUGUGGGGCCAUACCACCAGCCUACCACCUCUUCCUCAUCUACUGAACACAGCUUCAUUCCCAGCAUCAAGCUCCAUCAUGUCGCUUUGUCAUCAGCCUCUCUCCUUGUGCAGAUUCCAAGGCCCUACAGCAAAAUGUAUAUUCUAACACAAUAUAACCACACAUACGUGUCUGACGUCAUGAAUUUGAAGAACAAGAAGGAGAUGAUUACCCUCAAUAAGCUCAAACCGCACACCAAUUACACCUUCUGUGUUGCAUCCAUCCGCAACUCUCAACGUUACAACCACACCUGUGUCCAGUUUUCCACUCGGGCUCAAAAUCUAGAUGACAUGCCCCCUACACCUUCCACCACAACUCACUAUAUAAUGACCAUUGUGGGCUGCCUUUUUGGCAUGCUCAUUGUUUUAGGCUUUGUCUACUAUUGUCUACGUAAGAAACGGAUGCAUGAUGAGAAGAAAAAGUCCAUCUGUGUCAAGAAAACUAUUCUGGAAAUGCGCUAUGGACCAGAGGUAGCAGCAGCAGUGGCUAAUGAUCCAUCGGCAGUCCACAAGCUUCAGGAGCAGUCCAGAGAACAUCACCAGUAUCAGCAUCACCAUGGAGGCAAACUUCCCAUGUCCGCAUCAUCCAGCUCGGGAAUGCUCCACUCAGCCAACACUAGUUCCUCAAGACUUUCCUCUAUUCCACAAGUAGAAAAGAUGGCCACUGCCUUUUCAGAGGCUUUGGCCACAAGUAAAGGAAAUUAUAUGGAUGUCAGAACUGGAGGGGCAGGAAUGGAGAGGGUGGGAGAUGGUGGGCAUGGAGGGAUGAGGGGGGCAGACUUGAGGGAUGAUGAUGGAACUGAUGUUGGGGAUGACUCAGAUGAUGAUGGACACGGCUCUGCAUCAGAGAUUUCCACCAUUGCCAUGGAGGUGGACAAGGUUAACCAGAUCAUUAACAACUGCAUUGAUGCACUGAAAUUGGAUGCAGCAGCUGUUGCUGCUUCGGGGGCAUCUACAAACCCUACAGCCUCCUCCAAUCCCACCUCCCCUCCCCCCACCAGCACGUCUUCCCUUACUCGUGGCCUAAUCCCACUCUCACAAGGGUUGACAGAGACAUGCCAGGUCAUUGCUCCCAACAAAAUACCCCCUCCACCUCCACUCCCUGCUUUAAAUGCUCCUCUUUCUGAGCGCCCAGGGAUCAGUGGUGGUGGCUUUGUGGUCAGUCCCCCCUACAGGCCCCCUCCACCAGCCACUGCUGUACGUCCCAUUCAGCGACAAAUGAGUGCAGAUGCAGCUGUAGUUAUUGUAAAUGCCGUCAAAAAACAGUGCAGCACCACCUCUUGUGGCUCCAUGGGUCGGGAUAGGGAACGUGGAGGAGCUAGGGUGUAUAGCUUGGAUGUUCCUGAGCCGAGGAGCCCAGAUGCCUGUAAUCAACAACAGCAGCAGUACCCGGACCGAGCAAGUCCUGUGGGCUGUGGGGAGCCCCUUGAGAGGCUGCCUUUAGUGGGUAGUGGGAGCUGCGGUGGAGGGGGUGGUGGUGGUUGCGACAGUGGUGGUGUUGGUGUCCAACAUCAGGACAGCCAGAAGCCACACCAUUAUCAUCAACAGCGACAAAUACAACAACAACAACAGCAGCAGCUGGAGGUGCAGCAGGACUACCACUGCUCGGAGCACCGCCACUCCGUCCCAGCUCUUUACUAUGAAGGCUCCCACCAGGGCUCCCCAGCCCAGAGAGUUUCCUUCCUAAAGCCCUUGACGCGCUCCCGCAGGGAUGCAGCAUCUUAUUCCCAGCUUUCGCCUGCCCGCCACCAUUCCAGUUACUCUGGUUACUCCUCCAGCCCAGAGUACUCCUCAGAGAGCUCACUGCGGAUCUGGGAGCGCUUUCGUCCCUACCGAAAAGGCCAGCGGGAUGAGGCCUGUUAUGUGACGGCCGGAAAUGCUCUUCGAAAAAAGGUGCAGUUCGCUAAAGGCGAGGACCUGCAUGACAUCCUUGAUUAUUGGAAGGGUGUGUCAGCACAGCAGAAACUGUGA